UUAUUUAACGGAAUGUUAUAACGAAGUAACCAAAUUGAAGAUAGAGGGACUAAAUUGUUUGUCGAUUGGGUAGCGACCUAUAAAACGUCGGCCAUGUUAAGCUUGAAUCAAUCUCCUCCACCGAUGGAAAUGGAACCCCAAAAAUUCUCCAUUGCAGUCGACGCCGAUCACAAAGCCACCCAAUUCCGGCCACUCUCUCUCUCCUCUCCACACAUGCGAGCUUUCCAUCUCGCUUGGCUCUCUCUCUUCUCCUGCUUCUUCUCCACCUUCUCCAUUCCUCCACUCCUCCCCAUCAUCCGUCAAGACCUCAAUCUCUCCCCUACCGACGUCGGAACGGCCGGCAUCGCCGCCUUCGCCGGCUCCAUUAUCUCCCGUCUCGCCAUGGGCCCCGCCUGCGACCUUUUCGGCCCACGUCUCGCCUCCGCCACCCUCUCCCUCGUCACAGCCCCCAUCCUCCUCUCCGCUGCAUUCAUCUCCUCUCCAUUAUCAUUCAUCCUGCUUCGAUUCUUCGUCGGCUUCUCACUCGCCAACUUCGUAGCUAACCAGUUCUGGAUGAGCUCCAUGUUUUCCGGCUGCACAGUUGGACUAGCCAACGGCGUCUCCGCCGGAUGGGCCAACGUCGGCUCCGGCCUGACCCAGUUAGUAAUGCCGGUUAUCUUCUCUAUAUUAAACACCAACUUCAAUCUAUCGCAAUCCACUAGCUGGCGAGCUGCGUUUGUGGUUCCGGCCAUCUUUCAAGCGAUGAUGGCACUUAUGGUACUUGCCUACGGUCAAGACCUGCCGGACGGAAAAUAUAGAAAACAUAAGAAAUUACCCAAUAAAGACUCUAACGAUACCGGAGUGUUUCUGAAUGGAAUCACGAAUUACAGAGGUUGGGUUUUGGGAUUAACAUAUGGAUUCUGCUUUGGAGUGGAAUUGACGAUGGAUAACAUAAUUGCAGAGUAUUUCUACGAUAGAUUUGGAGUGAAUAUGGAGACGGCCGGCGUGAUAGCUGCUAGCUUUGGGUUUGCGAAUUGGGUGUCGAGGCCGACGGGAGGGGUGGUUUCCGACAAGUUAGGGAGGAGGUUUGGGAUGAAAGGGAGGUUGUGGGGGUUGUGGGUGGUGCAGACGGUGGCUGGGUUGCUGUGUAUAUGGUUGGGCCGAGUUGACUCGUUGUGGGGUUCGGUUGUGGUGAUGUGUGGGUUCUCGUUUUUUGUUCAAGCUGCCUCUGGUCUUACUUUUGGAGUGGUUCCAUUUGUGUCCAAAAGAUCAAUGGGAGUGAUAUCGGGGAUGACGGGAAGCGGAGGGACGGUGGGAGCAGUGGUAACACAACUCUUGUUGUUUUCAGGGUCGACAAAAUUCUCAACCGAAACCGGGAUCUCACUCAUGGGAGUUAUGAUGAUAGUGUCUACUCUUACGCUAACCACCAUCCACUUCCCUCAAUGGGGUGGCAUGUUUUGUGCUCCUUCCUUCGACCACCAAGACUAUCACCCGCUUGCCUGAACGAACAAACUAGAAGAUUCUUCGUCGUCACGUCUAGCUAAAGAAUGGUCUAUUUUUUUAUGUUAUCCAUCGUCAAUUCCACUCCAAAGCAGAUGAUAGGUAAAAAAAAACCGAGUAGAUUUGGAUACGGAUUUAGUUUACAUAAAGAUUGUAGCCACUCCAAAAAGAAUGGUCUAUUUUUUUAGAGCUUGAGAAAUUCAAUUAAUAUUGAUAC